AUGACCCAAUCAACAAUAGUUUCACUCCCGCAAGUUAAUAUUCAUGACAAUAAAGAUGAAAUACACGUCGAUAAUCAAUCAUCGUUUCAUAAUUCAUUAAAAAAUAGUAAUGCUCAAUCAAAGAAUACAAUUUCAUUUCGUAAUAUAAAAUAUGUAUUAGGUAAUGAAUUUAUUUAUGAUUUCCGUGAUUUUUGGUGUGUAUCUCCUCUUAAAUCAAAAACAAAACCAAAACCAAUUCUUGAUGAUAUUGAUGGCAUUUUUAAAUCAGGAAUAAAUGCAAUUAUGGGUCCAACUGGAUGUGGAAAAUCUACAUUAAUUGAUGUUCUAACCGGUCGAAAAGACUCCAAAGGGCUUUCUGGUGAUAUUUUUUUGGAUGGUCUACCAAUAUCUUCUUCAUUUAAAUUUAUGUCUGGUUAUGUUGUUCAAGACGAUAUUCUUUGUGGUACUCUUACUGUAAAAGAAAAUAUAAUGUUGUCACUUAAUACUCGUCUUCGAACUAGGAUGUCGAAAAAAGAACGUCAAGAUCGAGUCGCAAAAGUUAUUGAAGAUCUUGGACUUACAGAGUGUGCUGAUACAAGAAUAGGCACGGAAUUUAUUCGAGGUGUAUCUGGUGGAGAGCGAAAGAGAACAUGUAUUGGUAUGGAAUUGGUACUGCAACUGAAAGUACUAUUUCUUGAUGAACCAACGACAGGACUUGAUGCAACAACAGCACAAAAGGUCAUCGAACUUUUGAAGAGAUUGUCUAAAAGUGGACGUACAAUUAUAUUGUCAAUUCAUCAACCACGUUUUUCAAUAUUUAACUUAUUCGACCAAGUAGUUCUAAUGUGUAAAGGAAAAAUUGUUUAUAAUGAUUCACCAGAAAAUGUUUUACCGUAUUUUCGUAAACAAGGAUUUCAACGUGAUACAAAUGAUAAUCCAGCUGAUUUUCUUCUGGAUAUUCUUCUCAAAGCUAAUCAACACGGUCCGGAAGGUGAAAACAAACUUGCUGAUUUAGUUUGCCACUAUCAAAGAACAAAAAUAUUUCAACACAUACCUUUUGAAAUCGACCAACAAAUACGAAUAGCUUCGUUUAAUAUGGCUAAUAAUAAACACAAAAUUGUUAAAAAAUCCAUUUUUAAAGAAUUAUAUUAUAUAUCAAAACGAACAGUGAUGAAUACAUAUCGAAAUCCAUUAUUAUUUCUAUCUCAAAUAGUUGUAGCAGUAUUUGUUGGUUUAUUGAUCGGUCUUGUCUUUUUUAAUAUGGCUAAAACUGUUGAUCCAGGUAUACA